AUGGAAUCAAGUCAUCCUUUCAAUGAUUUACUAAAUUCCCCCUUCGCCAGGAAUUGGUCUCCAUUCUAUGUCAAAUUUCGAGGCAAGCGACUCCCAAUAAUAUAUCACGUCGAGAACAAACGUGUGAGUACUAAAAACACGUUUUUCAAUGACUUGGGCUUGCACUGUACCCAUGAUGAACCUUAUGUACUCGAUGAUUGUUUUCAAAUUCCUUUACAGUUGUUCCUGCGAUGGUUGCAAGAAGACCAGAUGGAUACGAUAUUGAGUGAGGCUAAGAGGGAGCACAAACCCUUAUUCAAUGAGACCUGGGCAAUUGUCGUUGUGCACUUGUGUCUACUUUGUGAGUGUUGGGAAUUUCCCGUUGCUUUCAAUGCAGCAAUGGAUCAUUUAAUACAUCUACGAGACUUUUCAUUCAUGAUGCCGCACCAAAUCGAGGCCAUUUACAAGGCUACCUGCGCUGGAUCGGGUUUGCGUCGAUUGAUCGGGGAUCUCCUCUCGAUUGGAAAGUAUCAAGAACAAAUGGAGCAUUUGGGGUUACUCCAACGUGAGAUUGUCGGGGAAGUGUUUGAGGAGCUUUUGGAUAAUAUGAUAACACGUGAACUUCCCGAAACCUCGUUGUUUGAUGAUGCUGGCAAUGUUAGAAAUGGUCAGUUGGCGGAAUAUCACAUGAAGUUAUAG